UAUAGCCAUUCUGCAGAUCCCUUACCUAAAACCCAAUUUCCUCCCAUUUCUCCAACAUUUGUAGAGAGGAAUCAUGUGCAUCAUGAGAGAAGAAAGGUCCCCUUCUCAUAUGGAGGUUUCAAAAAGAAGGCAUCAACCCAAGAAACCUAAACUUCAAGUCAUUGGGCUCACCAGAAACAGGAGAAGGAGUGGUGAGGGAUACAAGGACAUGGAGCUGAAGAACGUGAAACUAUAUUUGCAGAAUCGAACCAUCUUCGAAGAGAAUGAGAAGCUGAGGCAGAAAGCUUACCUUCUCCUCGGGGAGAAUCUAGCUCUAACGAGGGAGCUCCAAAACAAGUUUCCUCAUUUGGAUCACUGCUCCACGACUCUUGUACAGAAACAAUAGUUACUGCCAAGAAAAAGGAACUGCCUUUCUACCAAUCCCUUUUCACUAGCUCUAGCCUCUAUGUAUUAUGAAUCAUCAGAAGUAUUAGUUUUGAUGAUUAUACAUAGCAUUCAUGCUUAUGCCUACUCUGCUAGAGAAGUAAUGAAGUGCAUGCAAGUCUUCAGGUUAACUUGUUGUGUUGCUGGUCUAUAAGGAGGCUACACCAACUCAGCAAUCUAAUGUCUCGUAUAUGCUUUGAUAAGUUUUAUCAAAAGAAAGAGGUGAUCUUUCCGUCCUA